AUGGAUACAGGACACCAAAUGAGUUUUAUGAACUACUGCGUGGCAGUGACAGUGGUACUCUCAGCUAUUCUCAGUCAUAGCAUGAAACACGUGGUGUCAGGGACAUCGCUGGACUCCUCCUUGUUACUGACAACAUAUUCGUUAGACUUGUCCAGUGUAUUGGACACAUCAUACUGGUCCGACGCUAGUCAGACAGACUUGACCAGUAGCGGGGCAUUGUCUUCAGCUGGUAUACUUCUCACCGACAACAGUGUCACAAAUACAAUAGAAGCGUCGUCUGUGUCUGUUGAUGUUGGAAGUAUUUUUGUGGAAAGUAGUGCUGAAAUCAGCUCUGGAUAUUCUGUCAGCAGUGUGGUUGUGCAGACACAGCUCUCUGAAAGUACUGUGGUGGUAGUGUUGGGUAGUUCUGCAUCAUCAGUGACAGAAAACCUCCUUGAAUCGUCGAAUUCUGAUAUAAGCUUGGACAUCACGGCCAGUAAUAGCGAAACCGUUCCUGGAAUAUCCGCAACAGAGAGCCUUCAGACUAUAUACCCAACAGGUGUGAGUUCCCUUUCUGAAUAUAUCGCUUCUGUAGAUUCGACGUCUGCCGCAAUCAUUCUGACAGCAGACGUCAGUAGUCAGUCGGUUACAGAUGUCUUUCAGACAGAGAGUGUUGUGAUAUCAAGUCCGACCAUCUCGGAUUUUGUAUUGGUAAAUACAGUGUCGAACACGGUCCCAGAAGUAUCAGCAUCAGCGUUCGUGUCAGACACCAACAGCCAGCCAGUUUCCGAAAUCUCCCAGUCGGUCUCCGUAUCUAUUGAAACAGUCGUGAGUAGUGUCUAUGCGUCAUCACUAUCAGUGGAACCAUCAGUAUCUGCGUCAGUGUCAGUUGAACCUGCCGUGAGUAGUGUCUAUGCGUCAUCACUAUCAGUGGAACCAUCAGUAUCUGCGUCAGUGUCAGCUGAACCUGCCGUGAGUAGUGUCUAUGCGUCAUCACUAUCAGUGGAACCAUCAGUAUCUGCGUCAUUGUCAGCUGAACCUGCCGUGAGUAGUGUCUAUGCGUCAUCACUAUCAGUGGAACCAUCAGUAUCUGCGUCAGUCUCAGCUGAACCUGCCGUGAGUAGUGUCUAUGCGUCAUCACUAUCAGUGGAACCAUCAGUAUCUGCGUCAAUGUCAGCUGAACCUGCCGUGAGUAGUGUCUAUGCGUCAUCACUAUCAGUGGAACCAUCAGUAUCUGCGUCAGUCUCAGCUGAACCUGCCGUGAGUAGUGUCUAUGCGUCAUCACUAUCAGUGGAACCAUCAGUAUCUGCGUCAAUGUCAGCUGAACCUGCCGUGAGUAGUGUCUAUGCGUCAUCACUAUCAGUGGAACCAUCAGUAUCUGCGUCAGUCUCAGCUGAACCUGCCGUGAGUAGUGUCUAUGCGUCAUCACUACCAGUGGAACCAUCAGUAUCUGCGUCAGUGUCAGUUGAACCUGCCGUGAGUAGUGUCUAUGCGUCAUCACUAUCAAUGGAACCAUCAGUAUCUGCGUCAGUGUCAGCUGAACCUGCCGUGAGUAGUGUCUAUGCGUCAUCACUAUCAGUGGAACCAUCAGUAUCUGCGUCAAUGUCAGCUGAACCUGCCGUGAGUAGUGUCUAUGCGUCAUCACUAUCAGUGGAACCAUCAGUAUCUGCGUCAGUCUCAGCUGAACCUGCCGUGAGUAGUGUCUAUGCGUCAUCACUAUCAGUGGAACCAUCAGUAUCUGCGUCAGUGUCAGCUGAACCUGCCGUGAGUAGUGUCUAUGCGUCAUCACUAUCAAUGGAACCAUCAGUAUCUGCGUCAGUCUCAGCUGAACCUGCCGUGAGUAGUGUCUAUGCGUCAUCACUAUCAAUGGAACCAUCAGUAUCUGCAUCAAUGUCAGCUGAACCUGCCGUGAAUAGUGUCUAUGCGUCAUCACUAUCAGUGGAACCAUCAGUAUCUGCGUCAGUGUCAGUGGAACCAGCCGUGAGUAGUGUCUAUGCCUCGACAGUAUCAGUGGAACCAUCAGUAUCUGUAUCAGUGUCUGCUGAACCAGUCGUGAGUUCUGUCUAUGCCUCAACAGUAUCAAUGGAACCAUCUAUCUCAGCAUCAGUUUCUGUUGAACAAGUCAUGAGUAGUGUCUAUGCCUCAACAGUAUCAGUGCAACCAUCUAUGUCAGCAUCAGUGUCCGUUGAACAAGCCAUGAGUAGUGUCUAUGCCUCAACAGUAUCAAUGGAACCAUCCAUGUCAGCAUCAGUUUCUGUUGAGCAAGCCAUGAGUAGUGUCUAUGCCUCAGCAGUGUCAAUGGAACCAUCCAUGUCAGCAUCAGUUUCUGCUGAACAAGCUGUAAGUAGUGUCUAUGCCUCAACAGUAUCAAUGGAACUAUCCAUGUCAGCAUCAGUUUCUGUUGAGCAAGCCAUGAGUAGUGUCUAUGCCUCAACAGUAUCAAUGGAACCAUCUAUGUCAGCAUCAGUGUCCGUUGAACAAGCCAUGAGUAGUGUCUAUGCCUCAACAGUAUUAGUGCAACCAUCUAUGUCAGCAUCAGUGUCCGUUGAACAAGCCAUGAGUAGUGUCUAUGCCUCAACAGUAUCAAUGGAACCAUCCAUGUCAGCAUCAGUUUCUGUUGAGCUAGCCAUGAGUAGUGUCUAUGCCUCAGCAGUGUCAAUGGAACCAUCCAUGUCAGCAUCAGUUUCUGAUGAGCAAGCCAUGAGUAGUGUCUAUGCCUCAACAGUAUCAAUGGAACCAUCCAUGUCAGCAUCAGUUUCUGUUGAGCAAGCCAUGAGUAGUGUCUAUGCCUCAACAGUAUCAAUGGAACCAUCUAUGUCAGCAUCAGUGUCCGUUGAACAAGCCAUGAGUAGUGUCUAUGCCUCAACAGUAUCAGUGCAACCAUCUAUGUCAGCAUCAGUGUCCGUUGAACAAGCCAUGAGUAGUGUCUAUGCCUCAACAGUAUCAAUGGAACCAUCCAUGUCAGCAUCAGUUUCUGUUGAGCAAGCUAUGAGUAGUGUCUAUGCCUCAGCAGUGUCAAUGGAACCAUCCAUGUCAGCAUCAGUUUCUGCUGAACAAGCUGUAAGUAGUGUCUAUGCCUCAACAGUAUCAAUGGAACUAUCCAUGUCAGCAUCAGUUUCUGUUGAACAAGCCAUGAGUAGUGUCUAUGCCUCAACAGUAUCAAUGGAACCAUCUAUGUCAGCAUCAGUGUCCGUUGAACAAGCCAUGAGUAGUGUCUAUGCCUCAACAGUAUCAAUGGAACCAUCUAUGUCAGCAUCAGUGUCCGUUGAACAAGCCAUGAGUAGUGUCUAUGCCUCAACAGUAUCAAUGGAACCAUCCAUGUCAGCAUCAGUUUCUGUUGAGCAAGCUAUGAGUAGUGUCUAUGCCUCAGCAGUGUCAAUGGAACCAUCCAUGUCAGCAUCAGUUUCUGCUGAACAAGCUGUAAGUAGUGUCUAUGCCUCAACAGUAUCAAUGGAACUAUCCAUGUCAGCAUCAGUUUCUGUUGAACAAGCCAUGAGUAGUGUCUAUGCCUCAACAGUAUCAAUGGAACCAUCUAUGUCAGCAUCAGUGUCCGUUGAACAAGCCAUGAGUAGUGUCUAUGCCUCAACAGUAUCAAUGGAACCAUCUAUGUCAGCAUCAGUGUCCGUUGAACAAGCCAUGAGUAGUGUCUAUGCCUCAACAGUAUCAAUGGAACCAUCCAUGUCAGCAUCAGUUUCUGUUGAGCAAGCCAUGAGUAGUGUCUAUGCCUCAACAGUAUCAAUGGAACCAUCCAUGUCAGCAUCAGUUUCUGUUGAACAAGCCAUGAGUAGUGUCUAUGCCUCAACAGUAUCAAUGGAACCAUCUAUGUCAGCAUCAGUGUCCGUUGAACAAGCCAUGAGUAGUGUCUAUGCCUCAACAGUAUCAAUGGAACCAUCCAUGUCAGCAUCAGUUUCUGCUGAACAAGCUGUAAGUAGUGUCUAUGCCUCAACAGUAUCAAUGGAACUAUCCAUGUCAGCAUCAGUUUCUGUUGAACAAGCCAUGAGUAGUGUCUAUGCCUCAACAGUAUCAAUGGAACCAUCUAUGUCAGCAUCAGUGUCCGUUGAACAAGCCAUGAGUAGUGACUAUGCCUCAACAGUAUCAGUGGAACCAUCAGUAUCUGCGUCGGUGUCAGUGGAACCAGCCGUCAGUAGUGUCUAUGCGUCAUCAAUAUCAGUGGAACCAUCCAUGUCAGCGUCAGUGUCUGUUGAACCAGUCUUGAACAGCCAGUGUCCGUGUCCAUUCAACCAAUGA